CCGAGCAGUGCCGGAGAGGGUGAUUCCCGAUCAGGAGCGAGAUUGGGGGGGAAGACGCCGGAGGAGAGGUCUGGGUGAGGGAUGGCAUCGCGCCGGCAGCAGACGGAGGCUCGCUGGGAGCUAGUGAGAUGGUACGUCCGGGAGGGGAAGUUUAAGAUGGAGGAGCGUACUCUGUCAGCGUUCCAGUGGCUCUACUCCCCGUACCAACACCGCAUCGCCAACCGCGCAGACCUGCAGUCCCCAGACAGGAUCGACAAGUCCACCCUCAGUGCCCUCAAGGCCAGGAAGCAGGAGCUGCUAACCAUUUCCAAUGUGCCCCUUGGAGAGUGCCCUCCCUCGCCCCCCCGCACCGCCCCCCCGACCAUGAAGUCUGCGGAGUUCUUCGACAUGCUGGAGAAGAUGGAGGUCCCAAAGGCAGAGGAGCUCAGAACAGGCUCACAGAGACACAAGGAUGACUACAUCCCCUACCCAAGGAUAGAGGAGGUCCUGGAGAAGGGAGGCCCGUACCCCCAGGUCAUCCUGCCCCAGUUUGGGGGUUACUGGAUUGAGGAUGUGGAGGCUCUCGUCAGCACCCCCAUCUCCACAGACAGCAGCUUCUGUGACGAGGACGACGGGGGAGGGAUGAGUCCGGGGGGGUCUUUCGGGUACCGACUGGAGUGCAACAGCACAGCCAGGGCCUACCGCAAACACUUCCUGGGAAGGGAGCACAUGAAUUACUACUGCACAGCCAGCAGCGCGGGGAAUCUCAUCCUGUCCCUGAAGCACGAGGAGGCGGAGGGCCAGGAGUUCCUGCGCAUCAUGCUCAGGUCUCGGACAAAGACACUCUAUGACAGGAUCUCUCUGGCAGGACUCACCCAGCUGCCCAGUGUACCACAGAUAGCAAAGCUGCUGUGUGAUGAUGUCACAGGCCUGAAAUUCAGUCCAGUUCUGUACCCUAGGGGCUCCCAGUUGAUUGUCAGCUUUGAUGAACAUGAAGUUAACAACACCUUCAAGUUUGGUGUCAUCUACCAGAAGUUUGGUCAGACCUCAGAGGAGGAGCUCUUUGGAAACAACGAGGAGACGCCCGCCUUCGCCGAGUUCCUGGCCUUGCUGGGGGAUUCCGUCGACCUGCAGGACUUUAAGGGUUUCCGGGGUGGUCUCGACGUGUCCCACGGUCAGACCGGUUCGCAGUCCGUCUACACGGUCUUCCGGGACCGGGAGGUCAUGUUCCACGUCUCCACUAAACUGCCCUACACAGAGGGAGACCCACAACAGCUCCAGCGGAAGCGCCACAUUGGGAACGACAUCGUGGCGGCGGUCUUCCAGGAGGAGGCCACGCCCUUUGUGCCAGACAUGAUCGCCUCCAACUUCCUCCAUGCCUACAUCCUGGUGCAGGUGGAAAACCCGUGCACAGAACACACUACGUACAAGGUGUCUGUUACAGCGCGGGAGGACGUGCCCUCCUUUGGCCCACCCCUCCCGAACCCAGCUGUCUUCAGAAAGGGCCCAGAGUUCCGGGAGUUCCUGCUAACUAAACUGAUAAAUGCGGAGAACGCCUGCUACAAGUCAGACAGGUUCGCCAAGCUGGAGGGGAGAACUCGGGCCGCACUCCUGGAUAACCUCCAUGACGAGCUGCACAGGCAGACGCAGGCCAUGCUGGGGAUGGGCAUCGGCUCAGAGGAGGACAAGCUGGAGAACGGCAGCCAUGGGGGGCUGCUGGAGUCCUUCAAGCGGGCAAUGCGGGUGCGGAGUCACUCCAUGGAGACGAUGGUGGGCUCUCACCGGCACCGGAGCCCGGGGGGGAGCGGAAGUGUCCCGGCCAGCCUGAGCGGGGGGGGGCUGACGCAGACCAGCACAGAGUGCACUAAGAGCACUUACACGCCCCCGGCGCUGUCUGCCAAGUCACCCCUGAAGAGUCCGGUGAAGCGGCGGUCGGGUCUCUUCCCACGGCUGCACUCCAGCACAGAGAGCCAGACAGAGAGACAUUCGCGCAGUGACCAAAGGACCUCAGACAGCAGCCAUCUGUCGCAGGAAGUGAGGUCAGAGACAUCUUCAAACCCGAGCUCUCCAGAGAUCUGCCCCAACAAGGAGAGGCCGUUCAUCAAACUGAAAGACUGCAGCAAUCGCGCCAACAUCUCUCGUUCCUCUUCCAGCACCAGCAGCUUCAGCAGUGCCACCGGAGAAGGAGAGGUCCUGGAAGAGCUGGACACUAGCGGCCAGCCCUCCACAGCCUACCCCCCCGUGUACAGCCCCUCCCUCAGCGUGGAGAGCCAGGGUUCCGGAACCCCGGUCAUCAUGUGCCGCAGCCCAACAGACUUGAAGAGUAAAACAUCUCCCAGGUCCAACUUGAAGUUUCGUUUCGACAAGUUGAGCCACUCCACCACAGGACACUAGUAACAACAGAGAGGUGAGAGCUGGGCAAGGAGGAAGGAGCAGCUGUAGCUGCUGUCUAAAGGCCAAGUGAAUCUAUUCUGGGAAAAGGCAAUGGAAAGAGGGGAAGAGAUCACAGGCGGACUGAAGACACCAACCACUAUCUUCAUCAUCACAGAGAAUCAAACCUUUCCAGGGUUAGAAAAAGACAAGGAAAUGUGACCCAAAAAAAAAGACUACAGAGAGGCAGUGAGUGAGGGAGACUCAAGGCAUCAAGAACUGGAAAGGGAAAGAGGGACAUAUGAACAGAUCUCAAAAGACACAAGAUUAUCUGCCUUUCACUGUCUCAUUUGCCAAGAUUUUCUAAGAAUUCUGUCAGGUUUACGAUAAUACUCCAUUCCUUAUCAAUGAAAAAUAUAGCACACAACCCCUAUUUCUCUCUCUCUUUCUCUCCUCCCUCCCUCUGUCUCUCUGUCUCUCUCUCUCACACACACACACACAGGCACAAACACUCUGGAGAAAAAUGAGCAAUUAUUGCUGCGUUAUCAGCCACGGUUAACAAUGCCUUCGAAUUCCACCUAGUAUAGAUGAGCACAAUCCCCACAUAUUUACCAUCCCAGAGUACGCAGUGUCCUCAAGCACUGAAGAAGGAUCAGCACUUGAGGGCACUCUCUACAUACAGUACAUUGCUCCAAAUGCAUUGUGUUUGACAUCACUAUCUGUCGCUCACUCCCCAACAGCAAGGUACCCCGUUUAAGACAUUUGCACACACACCUCAGUGGUGCUCUACUGUCUUCAUCAAUCACUUUCACCAAGUGGAAGUGCACUAUAUACACAAUUAAUGUUAUAAUGAGAGGUAGAGAGCUGACAAAUACCUUAAAAUGACAAUGAAUGGAACUGUAACCCUUCCUUUCAUUUCUUCUGUGGUAUUACAAAUUUUCUUCUCUUAGCUGCUCCUGACCUCUACUAGCACAGACAGAUAUACACCUGGAAUCACCUGUGGUAUGGUCUUACAGCUUUAGGUGUAGCAUACUUCAUUAUCAUCUGUAAACAUUUUACAUAUGUUCAGCAACGGGCAAUUAAUUAUAACAUGCAGUGAAAUGCAACAGUUGAAUUCUAAGCUAAAAGGGAAAAAUAGUGAACUAACUUGUGCAUCAUAAAUAAGUAUUUCGUGCUUAUUUGAUGUAUCAAUCAGAUAUUUCAUGGGGACCUAUUGAGAAAGCGUAUGUGACCAUAAUGAUAAUAACCUAUUAUCAUCAUAAAGUCUUAAGCACAGUCCAAAUAGAUUUCAGGUUUUAGAACAUUUCUCACUAAUUUCAUCGUAUUUGUCCUAAAUCCAUAAACCGCCAAGCUGCUAAAAACCUGUCAGCAAGAUAUUAUAAUAACAGGAACGAACCCAUGCAAAUACGACCUUGUGGGGAACUAAGAGGCCCCCCUUGAGAGACGGAAUGUGACCUUGAAAUGAAACUAGUAAUCUCAAAAGUAUUGGUAUAUCUUUAGUCCCUCUAAGUGGCAAUAGCCAUAAAAAAGCCUUAGAUGCCCAUUCUUGUUGCUGGAAUAAUAUUGCUUGUUUGCAGAAUUCUGCUCCAUGUUGUACAAAACCCACGAAGUUCUACAUGAUCAGAAAUAAAAUGAGAUAUGUUGCAGUUAUAGUUUUCUGUUUGUCUUAUAGUUUGAGGCAUACCCGUGCUCUUCAACAUUCUGUUGUUAAAGAAAUAAUUUAUUGCUGU